GCAACAUGGCUGCUUCCUACCGGGAAGAAAGGGGUCUGAUAGUGCCGGCGGCAGCCCUACCGAACUCGUCACUUUCGUCACAGCCGCCAGCUCCCGACCCAAGGAGACCUAAAAAGUGUCUGGUCUACCCGCAUCCUCCGAAGAGCUCCCGCCUGCCUCGGUCCAUCCUGCGCUGGCUCCAGAGCCUGGAUCUCACCUUCUUCCCCAGGAACGUCAACAGGGAUUUUUCAAAUGGCUUCCUGAUAGCAGAAAUAUUCACCAUAUAUUACCCCUGGAACCUUAAAUUGUCAUCUUUUGUAAAUGGAACUUCUUUAAAAGUCAAGUUGGGUAACUGGGCACAAUUGGAAAAGUUCCUGGCCAAAAAAAAAAUUAAAUUCCCUAAAGAACUGAUCUAUGGAACAAUUCAUUGUAAAGCCGGAGUACCUGAAAUACUGAUACAAGAGAUUUACACCUUGUUAACACAUCGAGAAAUUAAAAGUAUCCAGGAUGACCUGGUGAAUUUUACAGAGUACAGUUACCAGAUGCAUUUGCCCCUGGUUCCCAGGUCUACAGCUUCAAAGUCUAUUAAAGAUAACAUUAGGUUAUCGGAAUUAAUAAGUAAUGCCAACAUGGUUAGCAAUGAACUUAAAAUUGAUUUCCUCUUCCUUUUACGAAUGUUGCAAAGAAAUUUAGGUAGAAAAUUGUAUCCAGAACGGUUUGAUGUCAAACCGACAGUGGGAGAAUCUACUCUCAAUCAUCUUCCUGCCCAAGUGUCUGGGUUCAAACAUAAUUCAGUGAUUUCAAGACAAAGAGUUGCUCCUAUUUUCCCAAAUACAGGUAAUGGUGGCAAUUCACUUAAAACAAUUCCUGUGAAGCAAGCUGGAACAUCUUUUUCUGAAUCUUCUAUGGAACCUAUCAGAAACGUGGAAAAGUAACCUUGAAACGCACCUGUCUAAUGGCUUUGCAGAAGUGAUACCACUAUCUCUUGCCAUACUAAAGGGAUAUAAUCACCUAGUCUGGGAUAUAUUUCAAUAAUAAGUAAAAUUAAAGUGGUAUCUUAUCCAUAAUUGGGCUGAAGAACAUGUUUUUUGGUUUUUGUUGUUUUUUUUUUUCCAUUUCCAUUCAACAACCAUUUAUUAAAAAACAUCUGUGCCAGGUACUGUUGAAAAUACAAAAUCAAAUUAAUUAGUACAGAAUGAGUAAAAAUAAUUUUAAAGGUACAGUUAAACAUAAUUCACCAUGACAAGAGUUCUUUCUCAUAAAUUUUGUAGGAAUGUUGAUUCUACUUUGUAAUGUUUUCCUCAUUAGAAAUGAAAGAAAGCUACUAGUUUUCUUGUACUAGUAUGUAUUUACACAUCACAUUCAUUAAUACAAAUUUUAUUCUGAAUGAUUAUUAUACACUGGCCCAUAGAAAAUCUUACCCACCUCCAUAAAUAGCAUUAUUUAAAUCAUUUAAAAAAAUAGGUAUCCUUCCUGUUGAUACUGAGUUGUGGAGAAAGAAAAUCAAGCUUUACUUGGAAAUUGGUUCUGGAGUUUAUCAAUGCAUUUAAUUCAAUUUAACCCUACUGGUUGCUGUCAUGCCCAUAUUUUUAUUAAAGGGAAACAAAAGCACAUUGAUGUCGUGACUGAUUAUCUUUCAUAUAUUCUUGGUAACUUUAUAUUCCUAUCUGGAAAAUUUUUCCACUGGAAUUAUUCAUAUUUUUACGCCAUCUCAUUAACAGCCUUCUUUGACUUCCAAGAUGAGUAUUAAUAAUGGUGAAUCUCAUGACGUUUGUCAAUUUCCAGCUAAACUUUAUCAGUUUUUCUGCAUUUUUGAAGGCUUAGGCAGUUUUAUUAGAAUUUCUACCUCCACAGACUUCCUUGUUUAAUUUUUCAGCACAUCAUAUUUAGUAAAAGAAAUUAAAGAGAGACCCGGUGAAACAGAUGACUUCUUAGGAAUGUAUAUAGAAUCUGGUUUUAUCUGAGGUAAAGGAUGCAUAUCUUAGUCCAAAUGCAUAUCUUAACCAGCUCUGGGUUAUUUACCUGCUGCCUUGCAUUCUAAUGGGACAAAUCUAAAAUUAUGGCAAUAAUUUUUUAACCCAUAAAAUAUAGUUCCUUAGGAAAGGGUUUUAGAAACAAGUCUUCUGAAGCUCAUCUGACGAAAGAUCCUGAGAAAAGGAAUAGAUUUAGGUAAACAGUCAAAUAAUAUGUUUCUUUAUCCUCUUGACUCUGUUCAAUCUCCUGAAAAAGCUUAUCCCUCACGGCCUAUGGUUAAGUACCCAAGACUCCUGUGAGACUUAUGGAGAGUUGUGAAAAAUAUGAAAUGGCUUGUAAGAUUCAUUCCAUAGUGAAUAAAUAAAGAAGGUAGCAGGUAUGGCCAAAGUAGAUAACUUCAAGAACUUCUGGAGGAUGAGUUGUGUCAACAGAAGCCAACAUUACGGCAAAUCACAGGAAGUCCAUUUACUUCACAAAGGAUUUUUUUUUUAUGUAUAUAUAUGUAUGUAUAUACUUACAAGAAGCGGAGUACAGCAUUAGGAAUAGAGACAGUGGAAAUGUAAUGGCACAAAGGAUUUUUGACGGAAGAAAGCAAUGAACUUUUCUAGGAGCUGCAGCAGCCCCUGUAGGAACAGAACCUUUUCAAUCAACUGACAGAAUGCUUAUCAUGGCAAUGGAGACCACUGUGAUGUGCUGUUCUUAUUCGUUAGGAAGGCCUCUCUUUCAGAUAAUUUGAGGGCUUAUUGUAGUCAGUGUUUCUUACACAUGGAGAAUCUUCCUCCUGAACAGUCCAAUAAAGUGACUUUUCUAGGUUUCCGAGUAGGGUAAUAAUCCAGGUGGACAGCUCAGCCCUUCACACCUCUGCUGACUCUGAGCCAGCAUUGGUGGGGAAAAUAGUGUUCCCUCGAUGUUUUUAGGGACAAGACUGACACUCAUCUUAGCAGUUAACUACAUCAUAUCUGGCUUUAAAUUGCAGCAUUUAUUAAAAUGUAGGGGACCUGAAAUACAUAGACAUUUGGGUACAUGAAAUACAUGAAAAUCUAGAUAACUACAUGCCAUAUUAUAGCAGUCAUAUGGUAUUUAAAUUCAUCAUGGAAGUACUUUUUUUCAGUUAUUUAGAUCAAGAGUUUCAAAGAGAUGGUACAAUAAGACUUACCAAGAGUUGAUAAUAAAGAUAUCUUCUGUAUUACUGGCACACUAAUAUGAAAUCCCAAAUUUUACAAGUAAUUUGUGAGACUUUUACUAUAUUCAGAAUUUUAACUUAAUACCAAAAAAGUACUAAUUUUCCUGUUAUAAGGACAACAAAAUACAGUCAUUGCUCUAAUGCAACCAUGU